AUGGCGGUGCCAGUUAAGCGGAAAAGAUCCGCAUCUACAAAUUCAAAUGUUAAAUCCGAAGGCGGCAAAUCUUCUACCGCCCAGGCCAAAAAACCCGAGGCCGCGCCUCGAGAAAAGAAGCAAUCUGUUCUCGGUGACGACAGCGCGUUCCCCAGAGGUGGUGGCUCUGUUCUCACCCCUCUUGAAAUGAAACAGGCUGCUAAUGAAGCUGUCAAAGAUGUCUUGUUUUCUAAUAACAAGCCUACUACUGCACCCCGUUCUGAUGCUGGUGCUGAAGGACCUAAGAAGAAGAGAAAAUCAAAUCCUCUUGCUGCCAAAAAGGCCAAAGUGUUUUCCAACGGCAAGAAGUCUUUCUCUGCAUCAAAUGACGAAGAGAUUUCGAAGAUUGAAUACCUCAACUAUGCCGGCCUUACCCAGGGCACUCACAUUCUUGGCCAAAUUGCCAAAAUCAAGCCUUUAGAGCUUGUAAUUUCUCUUCCAAAUAGCUUGGUUGGAUACGUUCCCAUCACCAAUAUUUCUACACAACUUUCCAAGAUUCUUGAGCAGCAAGAUGAAGAUGUCGACAUGUCUAGCGAUGAUGAAGAAGAAAACGAGUCAAAGUCUAAAGCCAACAGCAACACCUCAGAACCACCUGCUCUUGACACUCUUUUCAAGGUUGGCCAGUUUGUCAAGACCACUGUUGUUUCGACCACUUCUCCUUACAGUGGUACUGCCGAAAAACGUCACAUUGAGCUCAGCAUUGACCCCGCUCAAGUUAAUGCUGAUCUUUCCAAGGAGGAUUAUCUUCCUGGUAUGGCUAUUCAGGGCUCCGUCACCAGCAUAGAGGACCAUGGCUUAAUCCUUGACAUUGGCUCUAAAGAUGGUAUUUCCGGUUUUAUUUCCAACAAAGAUCUCAAGCUGUCUUUUGGUGUUUCCAUUCCUCAAUCCCCUGUUGUGGGCCAGGUUCUUCUUCUUACAAUUAUCUCUGUUUCCGGCAACGGCCGCACCUUGACUCUUACCUCCAACCCUCUCGCACAAAAGGUCCCACUUCUUACAAGCGUUGAAUCCAUCAAGAGUGUCUCUGCAGGUGUUGUCGUUGAUGCCACUAUCACUGAUGUUAGACCAAAUGGUAUUUUCGUCAACAUUUAUGACCAUGCUACAGGCACUAUCCCACUAUCCCACAUCCCUGGAUACUCUACCAGCAACUCAGAAGACGAAAAUGCCAAGCGCGAGAAGUUUGUUAUUGGCGACAGAAUAAAAGCCAGAGUUAUCAACACCUUGCCUCACCUUGACAAGGGCUACAAUGUUUCUCUUUCCCUUCUUCCUCACAUCUUAGAGCUUAAAAGCCCGUUUUCUGGCGCAGAUGCUGGAAGCGAUCCUCUUGAGGCUCUUCCUGUUGGACAAAUUAUUGAAAAUGCCAAGGUCGUUGAUGUUGAAUUAAAUCGUGGUAUUUUCCUUGAUGUCCAUUACCAAGGUCUCAAAGGUUAUGCACACAUUACCAAGCUUUCUGACACCUCCAAACCAAAUGCUCUUGGUCCCACUCUUGGUCCAUACCGUGUUGGCACUGUCCAUCGCGCCCGUAUUUUGGACUACUCUUACAUGGAUAAUUUGUACAAGCUUUCUCUUCAGGAAUCUGUUCUCAAGCGCGAGUUUCUCAACAUUGCCGAAAUUCCUGUGGGUGCAGUUACCCAAGUUACUGUUUCCAACAUCUUGCCUACUGGCGACAUUGUUGUUUCACUGUCUGAUGGAAUCAAGGGCUUUGUCCCCUCGCUUUACGUUUCCGAUGUUAAGCUUGCUUUCCCUGAAAAGAAGUACAAAACUGGCUCAAAAGUUAAGGCCCGUGUUAUUUCCAUCGAUCUUGUUAAGAACCGCCUCAAAUUAACUCUUAAAAAGACUUAUGUCAACUAUACAGAGCCUAUAAUAUCUUCUUACACUGAAUCCUCCGUUGGUGUUAAGACUAUCGCUACAGUAACCUCCAUCAAAGCUGGUGGUAUCAUUGUCGAGUUUUUCAACAAUACACGUGCUUUUAUCCACCGCUCUGAAAUUAGCGAAGCCUUUGUGUCCAAUACUAAAGACCACUUCCGCUUGGGCCAAACCGUCAAUGUUCGUAUUCUUGAGGUCGAUGUCGAGAAUGAACGUAUGUUGGCGACUUGCCGCACAUAUAACAGCGCCGACAAUGCCGAAAUUGAAGCUGAGCUUGAAAAGAUUCAGCCUGGUAAGACCAUUGUCUCUGGUAACGUUGUUGAAAAGGCUGGUGACAGCAUUAUCCUCGACAUUCAGCCACAAAAAAUUCGUGGUAUUCUUAACUUCAAGCACCUGUCUGACGACUCUUCUGAUGAGAAGAAGCGUGCUCUGCUAAAAAAGGUUCAAGUGGGCCAGACUCUUGACGAGCUACUUGUUUUGGACAAGGACCAGAAGAAAAAGCUUGUCAUUCUUACCUCCAAGCCCAGUAUUGUCAAGACUGCCAAAGAGAUUAAGGAGGCUACCAAUGGUGCCCGUGGUCUUCCAGCUUCUCUUGAUGAUGUCCAGGUCGGUCAAAGACUUUAUGGUUUUAUCAGCAAUGUUACUGCUGCCACCGGUGUGUUUGUUUCUUUCGCAAGUAAGCUGACUGCCCUUGCUCCCAAGAGUGAGCUUUUCAACUCCAACACUUUUGUCAAGGAUCCUACACAAUACUUUAACACAUUUUCUACGGUUGCAUGUACUGUUCUUUCUGUUGAUCCCUCUGCGAAGAAGUUUAUUGUCUCUCUUAAGGACUCUUCAGUUAAAACCGGAAAUGCUGAAGAUGAUGAAGAGGCCAUUAACAUUGCAAAGCAACGUGGCGCCUUGAACCCCGUGGAUACCACCAUCAAGAAGCUCUUGGACUACAAGGUGGGUCGCCUGACCAAGGCCCGUAUCCUUGGAAUCACCAACACACAUGUGAACCUUGAGUUUGCCGACAACCAGCUGGGCCGCAUUGAUAUUUCUGAAGUCUACGAUAAGUUUGAAGAUAUUGAGAACCACAAGAAGCCUCUCGAAAAGUUCCUGGAGGGUAACGAGAUUGAUGUUCGCAUCAUUGGCACAUUCAACGCCAAGUCUGCCAAGUCGCUGGCCGUUACACGCCCUGAUGCCAUCAGCAUUGUGCUUGAGUGCUCUUGCAAGCCUUCAUUAACCACUGCCAACACUAGCAAGUUCAUCAAGCUGGAAGCCAGUGAGGAGGAUGGUGUUAGUGCUUUGGAGAAGAUUGAAGUGGGUUCUGUCCAUACUGCUUUUGUUCAUCACCUGGAGGACGACCUGGUCUUUGUUAAUAUCACUCCCAAACUCACAGGUAACAUUGCUGCUGUUGACAUGUCUACUGAUCUUGAGAAGAUUAAGAAUCUUCGCAAGGAGUUCCCUGAAGGCUGUGCUCUCCAGGUUUCUGUACUCAAGAAGCUUGAGCCCAAGACUGAGGAGUCUGAGUCUAACAAGAAUAAGAAUGCUGCGAGAAACACUCUGAUUUUGUCUACGCGCACUUCUGCUCCCCUGUUUGAUACUAUUGAUGAGUCUCUUGCUGGGUUAGUUACUCCUGCCGAGAUUAUCAAGAAAUCUGGCUUGAAGUUGACUGUCCGCAUCAGUGGUGUACUUGUUGCCACUCUUCACUACGCUGAUAUUGUUGAUGAUUACUCUGGUCUCGAUGCCAAGCUCAAGACUUUAGAAGUUGGCAGCUUUUUGAAUGUUAAGAUUGUUGAGGUUGACGUCCCUAACCAAAAGAUUUUUGCUUCAUGUCGCCCAUCGCUGUUUGACAGCAAGAAGAAGACCAUGAACAAGUACAUUGGCUCGUUUAACGAUCUCAAGGCUGGAGAGACUGUUGAGGGUUUCAUUUCUAACAUUGCCAACAGUGGUAUUUUCGUCGAGUUGGGCCAUUCUGUUGUUGCCCGUGUUCAAAUUAAAAACGUUUCGGAUGCAUUCCUUGCUGACUGGAAACGUGGCUUUGUUGUCAAGCAAAAGGUCAAGGGUGUUAUUUUGAGCGUUGACUCCAAGACUGGCAAGGCCGACUUGUCGCUGAAACAGAGUCAUUUGGAUGGUGAGGGUCUUGAUGACGCUGCUACUGGCAACAAGACAUUUGAAGAGCUUCAGGUGGGUGAUGUUUUUGAUGGUCGCAUCAAGCGCAUUCUCGAAUACGGCAUAUUUGUCAAGCUGAACGGAACCAAAAAUGUGGACGGUCUGUGCCACAUUUCUGAAAUUGCAGAUGUUCCUGUGACCGACAUUGAAAAGUUGUUUAGUGUGGGUGAUAAGGUCAAGGCUAAGGUUCUGGCAAUUGACGAGAAGAAGAAGCGUUUGUCUUUGGGCCUCAAAGCCUCGUAUUUUGAUGAGGAUGAAGAAGAUGAGGACGAAGAUGAGGAUGAGGAAGACGAGGAAGACGAGGAUGAUGAGGACGAGGACAAGGAUGAAGAGAUGCUUGAUGUUAAUAGCGACGACGAUAGCGAUGAAGAUAGCGACAAUGAGGAAGAAGAGGAGGACAGUGAUGACGAAGAUAAGAAUCUUGAUCCUGCUUCUCUUGAAGGUCUUGCUGCUGGCUCUGGUCUCUCUGCUUCUUUUGACUGGUCUGCUUCUCUUUUCGAUGAUGAUGAGGCUGGAGAGGCUCAAGAUUCAGAUGCUGAGGAUGACGAAGACGAAAAGGAGACUCGUCGUGCUCGCCGAAACCGCAAGCGCACCAACAUUAAUGUCGAAGACAAGACUGCCGAGCUUAACACACGUGCGCCACAGAGCGCCAAGGACUACGAGCGGUUGCUUGUUUCUAAGCCCAACUCUUCAGUUGUGUGGAUCAGUUACAUGGCAUUCCAGCUGCAGUUGAACGAAGUUGAAAAGGCACGAGAAAUUGCUGAGCGUGCUCUCAAGACUAUUUCAUUCCGUGACGAGCAGGAGAAACUGAAUGUUUGGAUUGCUUUGCUUAACAUGGAGGCAAAUUUCGGCACCCCUGGAACUGUGAAGGACGCAUUUAAGCGUGCUCUUCAGUUUAUGGACUCUAAGACUGUGUACCUCAAGAUGGCCAACAUUUACCAGGCUGCUGGUAAUAUUGAGGAAGCUGGGCAAGUGAUGAAGGACUGCUGCAAGAAGCUAGCAAAGGAGGACGCCUCACUGUGGUCCAAGUACGGUGAGAUAUAUUACAAGGAAGCUGCAGUUCCAUCAAAGUCUGCAACUGAGCGAGAAGAGUUGCUUGAAAAGGCUCGUGGUGUUCUGGACAAGGCUCAGAAUAUGCUGAACCACAUGAUUCACGAGAAAUAUGUGAACGCAACACGGGCACUGGCUGAGGUUGUUGCACAGUUUGCCAAGUAUGAGUACCAGUAUGGUGAAGUUGAACGUGGCCGGUCUUUAUUUGAGGGCCUGCUGGCUCUAUACAAGAAGCGUGUUGAUUUGUGGGGUGUUUAUAUUGACUUUGAAAUCAAGUACAAUGUGGCACCAGCGGUGGCCUCUAGUGGCAAGAAGAGUGUGAGUAAAGAGGUGCGUGCCGACUUGUUGGAGCGUCGCAAGAGUGUUGAGUCUUUGUUUGAGCGAUUAGUUGGAAGCGGUACCGAAGUCAAGGGCGAUGGUACUCCUACGGUGAAGCUGUCGCUUAAGCAGGCCAAGUUUUUCUUCAAAAAGUGGUUAGGCUUUGAGAGCGAUUUUGGUGACUCAAAGGCUGUGGAAUAUGUCAAGGCCAAGGCUGCGGACUACGUGAGCAAGUAUACUGCGGCCAAGGAGGCUUCGAAAAUCCAUGAAUCACGGUUGAAGAAUGUAGAGGGUAGUGAUGAUGAUGAGAGUGAUGAGGAAGAAAGUGGAGAUGAGGAUAGUGAGAUGGAGGAUGAUAGCGAGGAUGAAGAAUAA